CAGGUGGAGCCGAUGGAUCCGAGGUGCCGCCUCCUCAGAACGUCAUCACGAAGACCUUGAACACCAACUACACGCUGAGCUGGGACUGGCCGCCGGGCGCUGCAGGGACCCACGCCGUCACCUUCACCACGCAAUAUGUGCCGAAGCACCAGCUGAAGAGGAAGACUCCAAACUGGAUCACAGCGUGCAACCAGACGUCACACCGGUCAUGUGACCUCACACGGUUCAAGCUGUUAUUCAUCGGCAACUUCAUGCUCCGGGUGCGAGCCACCGUGGACGGGCGGCACUCGGAGUGGGCGCAGAAGACGUUCUGCCCCUAUGAGGAGGCCUUCAUCGGUCCACCUGAUGUGACUCUUCAUGUCACUGGGACAUCUUUGGAAGUCAGCAUUAAAGACCCAGUGUUCAAGCAUUCAGAACUGAGGGAGGCGUACACCUCGGCCACCUAUCACAUCACCUACUGGAAGAGCAGCUCGAAGGAAGAGGUAAAAAAGAUCCUUGAAACGAGGCAGGACCGAGCGGUUCUUAGUGACCUGGACCCGCUGAGCGAAUACUGCGUCCAAGUCCAGAUCAUCUAUAACAGGAACCCCAGACCGGGCGAGUACAGCGACGUCGUCUGUGAGCGCACCGGUAACGUGGAUGCAACUCUGUGGGUGGCGGCCGUGGUGGCGUUUGUGGUCAUGGCCAUGGUGGCGGCUCUGGUGGUGACUCUGGUGGUCUACUGGAAACAAAUCUCCAAGUUCCUGUGCCCAGAAGUCGUGCUGCCGCCACACUUUGAAGAGGUGUGUGUCCUGCCCCCUCCGUCUCUGCUGCCUUUCAACCCCUUCAUCUACCCAGUCUCGCUGCCCUCUGAGCACUGCGACCACGUCAGCAUCGUAGCAGACCACAGGACUGAGGAUGAGGAGGAAGGAGGGUGCAGCACAACCUGAUACCUCACAGGAUGGGGGCUAGGAGGAGCAGGAGGAGGUGGGAUGCACUUUAAAGACUCUGAGAAUUGGCCUCUGACUGUGAGGUUUUAGAGCUGUGAACUCUGCAGCAGUGAAGUGAUGAAGACGAGCAAGAACAGGUGAAGCUGGCCCAGGUGAAGCUGGCCCAGGUCACGCCGCAAUGCAUUGUGGGAGCACGCCACCGUUUUAGCAGGUAGCGAAUCAAAACAAACACACUGUGUUGGAAGGAAGAUUGCUAUGAACCAUACUUCAAAGCAGCUCAAAAGAAAAAGGACGUUAUGGAGGAAGAUUGCAUUGGAAGUGUGGACCCGUAUGAAACACAGCUGUGGAGUAGAAACCCUGAACCGCUAUUGACUUAGCUUAGCCUGAUCUAUUCUCGUUCCUUGUCUGUGGAGUCAGCGCGUACACGGCGAACCAAUUUUGCCAUUAUAAAUCUCUGGAGGCGCACAUCCACCAAGGAUCGGGUACAAGAUUUGGCAAUUAUUAGACUCCACGUUGUCAAUAUGUCAAACAAAGGUAAGUCAGCUCGAGUACUGCGAGUGAAAUGCGUUUGAUUUCCCCGAACAUUCAAAGUAGUGCAGCAUAAAUUCAUUCAUGAGGGGAAAGUAGAGUGAGAACAUGUGGAGGCUGUUAGAGGGAAAACACAGUGCGUUCACACUGAGUAAAGUAUUCUGAUUGUAUAUUUUACAGUUUUGUACUGUCGUUCUAAAAUAUCAUUAAAUGUACAUAAGUAGACUGAUUUUACAUGUCAAAGGUAAAAUAACAUCACUAACCGUAUUUUUAUGCGGGAGGUAUUUUCUGUUAUUUUACGGUUGUAUUUUGGCGCCCCGGCUGCCGGAAUAUUACCGGUUUUUUUUAACAGUGCACCCUACUUGAAAAUGGAGGUAAGUUCAGUAAAGUCCUUAUCACGUUAGAGUGCACACUUCCAAUUUAAAUAGUGCUCUUCAAACACUUUCAGAUAAGACCCUUCUCAAAGUCUAAAAAAUUCAGGAGCCUAAUUUUCCAUGAAGUGUUAUUUUUUAAUUAUUCAAUAAAUAAUGUUCGAUUAAAACCUAUGACUGUGUUUCAGGGAACGCUGAGGACUACUGCGCUGUUUGCUCCAUGUUAGAUGCUGACGCUGACCGCAGCAUGAUUGAAAUGGAUGCUAAAGGCGUGUGCUGCUGAACUUGGAGAGCCGCUACGAGUCUUCAACCUCCAACAGAGGCUGAGGUCUUUUAACAUCUGCAGGAAGCUCCUGAGGAUGUUUGACCAGUUGGUGGUUGAAAAACUCCUUUGUCCCACAUCAUCAAACUGUUGAACUCCUCUCUGGAGGGGAAAGCGAGGGGAUACAGGGCGGGAACAACUGAGCUGUAGUGCCUUUUCACUGCGACUCACUCAAAUGUGGAAUCCACUGGUAUUCCCAUUUAUCCAUAUUAUAUAUUCUGCAUUUAUAUAUGUGUUAUAUGUAUAUAUGGUAUAUUUAUGCUUAAAUCCUUACUCUCAUUCCCCUUUAUUGCAUCUGUAACAUGCAACUUCUGUCGGUGCUGUGCUGCUGGAAACUACAUUUCCACCCACCUGAGGGAUUAAUAAACUUUCAUCUAAUCUACUCUUUACGCUCAGCAGAGCACAACAAACCACAGUCUGAUCAUCCAACAACAGCUGACACAGCAGAA